ACCGCCAGCAGGAGGACCAGUGUUUUGCGGUAACUGCUGCUCCUCAUCAGUGCUUGUUGUCUUUCUGCUACGUUAAGAAGUGAAUCAACGUCGGAUCGAAUUUUUGAGCCGAGCUGCUGCGGACCGAAAAAUCCGGUGUCUCGUUGCUCUGUGAACCUUCGUUUUUGCUCAGUUCGUCCUUCCGACCAAGCAAUCGUACGUCACUCGAAAAGAAUCUGACAGGCUGCCGCUCGGAAGUUCAGCCGCCAGGUGAGACCGACCGGCGCACCUGCUGACGUUUCCAGUGAGGCACAGGAUCCCGCGUUUCAUCUGUGGACGGCAAAAACCUCGUGGAUUUGGCCUCGACUUCCGAUCGCGGCCCGAUCGGAUAAUCAUCAUGGGGGCGAUUAUCUCGAAGUUCAGAAAGGAGCCCCCCACAUUGGAGCAACAAUUAGAGGCCCUAGAGAAGAAGAUCUUCCAGAUUCAUGAGUUCAACGAAGCGACUGAGCAUGCCAUGAAGAAAAUCAUUGGCGCAAUGCUGUUCUACGGUUGGAGUCUGAUAAUUAUCGGAGGAGUUGUGGCUUAUUUCUACUUCGAUCACACAUUAGAGUCGAGUUUGAUUUGCUUGGCUCCCGUGAUUCUGGCCCCAUUCGUCUUAAUGGGCAGUAAGAAAUUGCUUCAAUAUUACUACAACUCGCGGCUCGAACGGAAGAAAGGCGAGCUAAACGCGCUCAUAAAGGAGAAAAAAUCACUAAUCGAUAAAGUCAAGGAAACCAUCUCAUACAAGAAGGCUCAGGAGAUCUUGGAAAAAUUCGACAGCGAAACGAGGAUGCGAAAAGCGCAGGCUGAGCAACAGCGAGCGAUGCAAACGGUUCUUCAACAGAGCGGUAUUGAUAUCCGACGUCGCACGGUCGGUACCCCUAUGGGAGCCAUGGCAGCUCAACGAGGUACUCCCAUGGGUCCGAGUUCAGCACCCUUCACGCCUCUGCGGCAUAAUCAAUUCCAGCCACCCCUCCGAAAUUCUAUGCAACUCCCGAAUCGGAGUCCAUACCUACCGAAGACAGCUCGCCCGAUUCUGCCUCAAGAUCGCGGGACUGUCGAGAAAAUGAUCGACUACAUCGUCGGUGAAGGCCCGAAUAAUCGAUACGCUCUCAUCUGCAAAAAGUGCUCAGGGCAUAAUGGAAUGGCUCUGAAGGAAGAGUUCGAGUUCCUGGCUUUCAAAUGUUGUUAUUGUUUCCACUUCAAUGGCGCGCGAAAACAAAGACCUCUCGCCCCAGCUCCACCGAGCUUGAGCAACGCAAAUUCUACAACUUCCUUGAACGACGCUUCAAGAUCGAGCUCCCCUGUUCCUUCAGGUCCUUCGGUGAAGGACUCUGAUCAGGAAAUGGAGGCCGAUACUCAGAAAUCGUCGGAUACUCCGGUCCCAGGAUCACCGAAAGGUGUCAGGCCCUCUCCAGAAGGGGACGAGACGUCACUGGACAGAGCAUCGGAAGACCAGCAGUCACAGCUGCAUCAAGAGCAUCAAAUGCCGCAGAUGAUUGACGAAUCGCCAGAAGAGUAGGGGCUCCUCGAGAUCCGAGGCGGAAAACGGGAGCUGCGUUCCUUCGGGCCAAAAAACGAAAAGGAAGGAACGACCUGGAUACCACGUUGCAAUAUCUUGAAUUUAAUAUAGUCUCGAACGAUUCCUGUACAGUACCGCGUUCCCGAGGACGGAACGUGAAUAAAGAAGCCCUGUCUCGAGCUGAAUGUUGUUCGGGAGAC